AUGGAUUGCAACAGAGACGAGGCCGCACGCGCGAAAUCAAUCUCCGAGUCCAAACUCGCGCAGAAGGACUUCACAGGCGCCCUUCAAUUCGCGCAGAAAGCCCAAACUCUCGACCCUAGCCUCCACGGCAUCUCUCAGACAAUAACCACCAUCGACGUGCUCGUCUCAAGCAACCGUACCAUCAACGGCGAAGUCGACUGGUAUGCCAUCCUCCGAGUGGACCCCACAGCCGACGAAAACGACAUCAAGAGGCAGUACAAGCGCUUGGCCCUUCUCCUCCACCCAGACAAAAACCCCUCCGCAGGCGCAGAAGACGCCUUCAAGCUCGUCUCCGAGGCCAAGACCCUUCUCCUCGACACAGAUCGCAGGCGGGCCCACGACCUCGUCACGGGCCGCGGGCCCACCAACGAGCCUCCUCCCCCAAAGCCCGAGAGGAAUUUGGGCCGGCCCACAUCCUCCGGCCCACCAGAGGAGGAUGUGUUCUGGACCUUCUGCCACCACUGCGGGUUGCAGUUCGAGUACUUGAAGAUAUUCCGUGGCACGAUGCUCGUGUGCGUGAACUGUCACGGGACGUUCAUGUCGUUCGAGAUCGAGCGGUCGAGGGCGCGCGGGGCACGCCCAUGGGAGGGCGGCGGGGGACUCCCGGCGGAGUGCCACACGGGCGUCUACUCGUUUGCGUACGCCAUGUAUCGGCGGCGGGGGGGCCCGCUUUUCGGGGCCAAUGGGAAUUAG